AUGGAAGACGGCGAGCAAUAUUCUGCCGACCCGGGGCAUGUCGGAGGGUUCGGAGUGUUGGUGGACGGCGUGGGCAGAGGCCUGCCUAGGGCGGUGGCGUGCGGGAAAGAGUUCACGCUGGUGGCGACUUACCCGUACGAGGGGCCCGUCAUGGAGGUGGCGAAGCAAGUGAUGCAAGCAUCGGCGAUAGAAGAGGAGGAGAUUAGGCUACUGGAAGAGGAGCAGCUCCGACACCAAGAGAAAACAGGAAAGGAGAGAAAAAAGGAGCUGGAGAGAGGGGCAGAAAUGGCUCUACGGCUCUCCGGGAAGGUUCCGACGAAGCUGUGCUCCAUUUGCGAGGACUGCCCGGGCUUUCGGCCGACCCCGACUCGAGAGAGCGUCUGCCUUGGGUGCCACCACAGCGUGUCGUUUCACACUAAGGUCAACUCCGCCGAAGCGGCAGCCAGCUACACCGCUGCAGACUCGUUGGCCAAGUACUAGUCUGUCGAGUAGGUUUUGUGUCGGGCACUCUUCUGGUUGCGCGCUGUGGGUCGUAUAUCACAGUCUUUCUU